AUGCUCGCAGUGGAAAAGCCGCCGACGCUCGACAUGCUGGACACAUCGCAGUUUCACCUUUCACAGCUCAUCGCAGCCGCUGCGGCAUCGACAAAAUGUAUUAAGGACAUCUCCUUCGUCCGCUACAACUCGGAAAUCCCGCAGAUCGUCACCUCGUUCAAGGGAUACCAAAAGCUGAUGUUCCGCGGCCACCGCUACAACAUCUACCAAGUGCUCCCCGAGCGCAAUUUCAAGUCGUGGCGCUGCGUGUGCGCGAAGAAGAUGAGCGACACCGGCGCGUGGUGCAAAUGCCGAGCGGAAACGACGAUGGACGACAAGAAUGCUGUCACCAAGGGCGAGCACAACCAUCCGCCAAAGCACGUUACUGCUGAGCUGGAGUUUAUCAAGUCCCAGCUCUACAUGGCCGCCCUCGAGAACCCCCACCUCGACGUCGGAGAUCUCGUCAACGAGGCGUGCAACUACCUCUCUGAAGGCGUCCACUUUGAGAACAAGGAGGGCCUCAAGAAGAGCCUCAACCUAGCCAGAAGCCGCGUCGGCAAGCCGAAGAAGCCGAGGAACAGGCAGAUGAUGGGCAACGUCGGGCAGAAGCGGAAGUUGCCGGGCAGUGAUGGGGAGUGCGAGGAGGAGGACUGGACUCACGCUGGAUUGAGCAUGGGAAUGAGCCCUCAGGAAUCGGCUAUUAUUCACAAUGUGCUGAAUCUGAAGAUGCCCAAGGUUGAGAAGGAGCCCGAAAACCCACUCCUCCGGCUCACCUCCCCCCUCUUCGAGCCGUCCAACCCGCUGUCGAUGGUCAAAGUUGAUGGUGCCUUCCGCCAGAAGCAGCCGACCAUGCCGAAGAUGCCCUCUCCAACUACCCAUUUGGGGCAUCAGGAGAAUCCGCUGUUCCCCAACAACAACGGAAUUCUGAGCACCGACGCGACCGCACUCUACAUGAUGUACGCCCAGCUGGCCACCGCCAACAAGAUGGACAGCGGCUUGGAUUGGCUGGCGGCUGUUCAGCAACUGAAUGCCCUGAAUAUGCACAAGGACCCGCUGAAGGAGCUGAUGACGCCCAAGAACUCGCCGAAAAACACCCCGCUCGUCGCCGAGACGUCCACCUCCCCGUCGGUGGUCCAUGUGGCAGCUACUCCCUCCCCAUCCGCCUCGACCACCUCCACGUCGACGUCGUCGAUGGCCAGCAAGGAGAUGAGCACUCAGACCGACGACGUGAUCGAGGUCGGCAAGUGCAUUUCCACCCCCGGCUGCGGAUGCCGUAUUGUUCGCGUGUGCUGUUGCCGUGACGGGCAGUGCUCUAGCAGGCCCACCCACCUC